CCUGUUGAUUCAUUGCCCGAACCAGGCACCCUCGACGGUCCACCUGCACUUCCCGUGCUUUGCGCAAACGAACGACGCUGUCAACCACUGCCCUGUAUCUCAUUGUCCUUGGUUUCCUGACAAGCGAAUGCCAUCCCCAUCGACAUCAGAGGCGUUUAUACUUGUCCAUUGUACAUGAACAGCGCUGGGCGCACAGGAGGCAGUGCAAUGCCUCUUACAAAGUCCUUCUCGGAGCAGAACAGAGGUCCCAAGCGGCCACAAUGGCAGAGGUCAAAGAGUAACCCCGCGCAACGGACGACCGCCCCUCCCCCUCCCCUGCCGGUCUCCGCGAAGACCAAAAGCAAGCUACAGGCCUUCCACUUCGAACCCCUGCCCGUCUCCGACGCCAGCGACACGAACUCGAAGCAGGCCUUACCGCCGGCGCCGUCCAAGGCUGACGGUGUUGCGACUCCCGCAGGCCGUACCACAUGGCAGGACCUGCUCUCCAGGCCCGAGGUUCCCAAGGACGACGAGCAUCUCUCUCCCGGCGAGCGCAUCCUUUGGCGCAACGACCAGGAUGCCAGCCAUCCGGUUACCAUGUCCCCGCUGCUCCCACGCAAGGGCCGGAAGCGCGCAAGAAGCUCGUCUCCUAUCUCGUCUCCGGCUUCCAAGUUUGCUACUCCUGCCCUCGACAUCAAGAAGUUGGCCCAGGUCCUCAAGACGCCCCGUGCUGACCCAGCAUUGGAGUUGUGGGACCGCUUCUCCGUACCCGGCGCAAACACCAGCCCUUCCGGCCUGACGAAUCCGCUGCUUGCCCAGCUCAUGGUGUCGUCUUCACCUCGCCCUAAGGACGGCAGCGCGCUGGGUACUGAGAGGCCUUUGAGGAAGGCAAUCAGUUGCGGAGCUCACUGGCCAAAACGGCGCAAACCUGAGCGUGCUGAUUCAGACAAUGGGGAUGCUUCGGCCCUGAAGCCCCAGCCCAACUCCAAAUCAUCCAUGCUGUCGGCUCUUUUAGAGACGGUCAACGGCGAAAUCAGGAAGUCCGACUCAAUCCAACUCAAGCCAAGCCCCCCACGAAAUCGGUCGCCCAAAAGCAAGUUCCCAGCUGCCCAGGAUUCUGCCGGACAGUCACCCCGACGGCAGCCUGGAAGCUCUCCCUUGGCCAACAAGUCAACAGGAAUAAGGGGCGGGGGUAACGGUGUCGAGAUCUCUGCAGGGGACAAGACCUCCUCGGACUAUGGAGACGAAGACUUUGACGACGAAACACUGUUGGAGCUCGAUGCUAGCAUUCUUGGGCAAGGCGACGACUCUACUGUGGUCGUCUCCUCGGAAGAAUCGAACCAGCCAUGUCCGACGGUCCCAAAAACAGUCAACGACGAGUUUAACGACUUCGACGAUGACCUCUUCGAUGGGGCUGAGAACUUGAUGGCCGAGGUGGAGACAAAGCAUACUUUACAGCAGUCCCGCCAUGGGCAAGCGCACAACAGCACAGGCAUGGCUGAAGAUGAUGCAUACGGCGAUGUCUUUGAUGAUGUUGACUUCGAUGCCGUCGAAGUAGCAGCGACACAAGCAGCCUCCCGACCCUUCUCAACCAAUCCCACCCAGAAGCCAAAGGCGAUCCAGCGAUACCUGAUUAUGAAAGUGCUUGAGAGCUCCUAUGAUGAACGUGGGCGGGAAUUGCAUGAGAAGAUUCUCGUUGUGCAGGCCGAGAGAACGGACGCCAUCAAAACGAUACAUCUCAGGGGCGACUGGUACGACACGCAGGCCAGCCCGAAAGCAUAUGUCCACAUCAUCGGCGAUUUCGAGCCCUCCGGCAGAUGCAUUAUCGACAACACCCACAAUAUCCUUAUCUUGCAUCCCGAUCAACUGAUCUCGUCCACCGUUGUGGCAGACUCGUUUACCUGCAUGCGCCGCGCCGUUCUCCAGGACCGGGUCAAGGCAACCAGCCAAGCAACCGAGGCGCUUGUGUAUGGUACCGUUCUGCACGAGGUCUUCCAGGAGGCCAUGAUGGAGAACAACUGGGACUUGGGCUUUCUUGAGGCCGUUAUCAGCAGGACUCUACGAAAGCACCUUGAAGAUCUCUAUGUCAUCAAAGUCAGCUUGGAGGACGCCCAGUCUCGCGUUCUGUCCAAGAUGCCAGAGUUGAGGAGUUGGGCGCGAGCCUUCGUGGCAGCGAGCCCCAAGCCCAACGCCUUCGUUCAAGGGAAGAAUGGUGAGCGGGUCAACAUGUGCGUCAGUAAGUUGCUUGACGUCGAGGAGCAUGUCUGGUCCCCCAUGUAUGGGCUGAAGGGCAACAUUGAUGCCACCGUGCAGGUCACGAUGCGGGACAGCGAGUCAUCCAUGACUCUUACAGUGCCUUUUGAAGUCAAGACGGGCAAGAACGCCACUGCGAAUCACCAGGCCCAGACGGUCCUAUACAACCUCCUCCUCUCGGACCGAUACGAUAUCGAAAUCAUGUACGGCAUCCUGUACUACAUGGAGACCUCGCAGACGUUACGAAUUCCUGCCAUCAGGCAUGAACUCCGACACAUGAUCAUGCAACGGAACAUGCUGGCCUGCUAUAUUCGAGAACGGAGCGUCCAGCUCCCGCCCAUGAAGCGGAGCAAGAAUGCAUGUGGUAAAUGCUAUGCUCAAGCAUCAUGUUUCACCUACCACAAGCUGGCCGACGGAGGCGACGGCGAAACGAGCGGGUUGCAUGAAAAGUUCGACGAGGUGGUCAGGCAUCUGACUCCCACUCACCAGGAGUUCUUCCUGAAGUGGGAGGACCUUCUUACCAAGGAAGAAAAGGAGUCGCAGAAGCUGCGCCGAGAACUUUGGACCAUGCUCAGCACUGAACGUGAAAAGGUCGGCCGCUGCUUCGCAAAUGUCAUCAUCGAAGAGGGCUCGGCAUCCGAAGACAAGAACCAGGCCAAGAUCAACCGGUUUGCCUACACUUUCAUCAAACAGAAUCCAGCUCCCGGCUUCUCUUUCCUGGACUCGCAGCUCACCGUCGGAGAGCCCAUUGUCGUGUCUGACGAGCAGGGCCAUUUCGCACUUGCGCUGGGCUACGUGACUGCCGUCAAGAAGCAGAGAAUUAGUGUUGCCGUGGAUAGGCGUCUUCACAACGCCCGUAUUCGGCAGCCGGGUUUUGACGAGGUUGACAACCAGGUGUUUGCGAGCAUCAUGGAAGUCGCCCCAGAAGGAGCAAAACCAGACCAGAGUCAAGGCAAGAUCAGAGAAGCGCCGAUCCGCUACCGGCUUGACAAGGACGAGUUUAGCAACGGCAUGGCCACGGUCAGGAACAAUCUUGUCCAGGUCAUGGCCGAUGGCCAGUUUGGGUCGGCAGAAAUUCGCCGGCUCGUCGUCGACCUGGUCCCGCCAAGAUUCAAGUCUACCCCGACUCAGUACACGGUUCCGGGUAGAGACAGUUUAAAUGUGGACCAAAAGGCGGCGGUCGAGAAGUGCGGCACCGAAUCCCUCCGCUUCGCCGAACUGGAAGUCCCCAACAUGGACGCCCUCCGCACGCGCCACUUUGACGCUGCCUCUUUCAUCUCCCACUCGCAGUCCCAACAACAACAACAAACUGCCAAUGGCAGUCCCUCCAAACCAGCCCGGCCCACAUCCUUCUGCCCCGCGCCUCGCCCAGGAACCUGCUGGCUAGCCGACCUCCUCGAUCCCGCCGCGCGCGUCCGCUUCGUCAACACCGACGCCCUCGGGCCGGCAUCGUACGAGCAGGCCAAGGGCAACCGCAUCGUGAACCCGUGCGAGGCGCGCAUCGUCGCGCAGCUCGUCGACGCGCUGCUCACCGUUGGCGUGCCGCCGCACGAAAUCGGCAUCGUCACGCACUACCGCUCGCAGCUAGCGCUGCUCAAACACGUCCUUCGCUCUUCCUCGUUCAACUCGUCAUCCUCAUCAUCCGCCGCGGUGACGGGCAGGGGCAGAGCGGCGGCCGCUGCAGUCGCUGCCGCGGACGUUGAGAUGCAUACGGCCGACCGGUUCCAGGGGCGGGACAAGUCGGUCGUGAUAUUGAGUCUGGUGCGGAGCAACGAGCAGUGUGCGAUUGGCGAGCUGCUGAAAGACUGGCGGAGGAUCAACGUCGCGUUUACGCGGGCCAAGACUAAGCUGCUUGUUGUCGGGAGCAGAAGCACGCUGGGCGGAUGCGGCGAGGGGGAGAUGCUUGCGAGGUUUGUGCGGUUGAUGGAGGAGCGAGAGUGGGUGUAUGACUUGGGUGUGGGGGCGCUGGAUGGGCAUCACUGGGAGGAUGUGGGAGGGGUUGGGAUGCAGGCCUGUGCUGGUGGAGGCGGUGAUGCUUCUGUUGGGGGCAGGGAUGGGUCUGCGGCUAAGAGUCCCAUGAAGGAGAUGCUGUUUCUACCUGCGUCGGCGACAAGGGCGAGUGCUAUCAAGGGCAAGGAGAACCGAUCUUUGAGCGGGAAGAGCCACAGGACGGUGGAGCCGAAGAAGGCGGCGAGGAUUGGCGAGCGGGCGAUGCUCAGGGCAAAGCCCGUGUUGCGGGAUAUUUUGAACGAUAUGAUGGAUGGCGGGUAUUGAGAUACGUGCCUUGUGGUUUUCGUCGGUUUGGUGUCUUCACAGUCAUAGUCAGGGCUAUGGGCAUUUGUUGGGUUAUGCCAGGUUGGGCUAUGGUUAUGUGGGCAACGUGUAUGGCUGGCUUGGAUGUAUGUUUAGCUUAUUUUGAAGGUCGGGGGGCUUAUCUGGGUACUGUAACCAUUGCUAUGACAGGCACAAUAUAAUUGGCACCAGGGGC